AUGGCAUUUUUAUUUAAAAGGAAUCCCAAGACUCCACCGGAGUUGGUACGAGCAUUAAAUGACCAAGUACUGAAACUAGAUUGUGCAUUGCCUGACAACGCCAAAAAGUAUCAAGAUGAAUGCGCGAGAUAUUUGAAGAAUAUGAAAGUGAUAUUGCACGGUGAUGAUGAAGUGGAACCACAACCAGAUCAAAUAACACAAUUGGCUCAAGAAAUAUAUUCGACCGAUUGUCUAUACUUUUUAGUUGUCAAUUUACGGAAGUUGGAUUUUGAUUCACGAAAAGAUGUGGUUAUAUUGUUUCUGACAUUGUUACGACGAACUAUGGCGAAUAAAUCACCCACUGUCGAUUAUUUAGUGCACUCCAAACCUGAGAUCAUUACUAUGUUGAUCAAAGGACCAGAAAAUCCUGAAAUUGGAUUAAUAUGUGGACAGAUUUUACGAGAUUGUAUUAAAUUUGAAGUUAUCAAUAGAUUCGUUCUUUACAGCCCUUCUUUCUAUAAUUUCUUCAAAUACGUCCAAAUCCCCACUUUUGAAAUUGCCACAGAUGCUAUGAUGACUUUGCAUGAAUUGUUAACAACACAUAGAAAAUUAGUUUCGGAGUUUUUGGGAAACAAUUAUGAUGUCUUUAUUACUGCUAUCAAUAAACUAAUUACAUCGAAAAACUACGUGACUAAAAGACAGAGUGUCAAGCUAUUAAAUGAAUUGGUAUCGCAAAGAUCAAACCAACAGUUUCUAUCAAAGUUUUUUGAUGAUGCCAACAAUUUGAAAUUAACCAUGCUUCUAUUGAGUGACAAGCUGAAAAAUUUGCAAUUGGAAGGGUUUCAUACUUUAAAAUUCUUUGUUGCUAACCCAAAAAGAUCUCAAAAAGUAACAGAUAUUUUAAUCAAAAAUAAAGCUAACUUUAUUGAGUUUUUCAAAACUUUUGACAUUGCAAGUUUCCAUGAUAGCAAUAUAAUUGAAGAACGAGAUUACACUUUGGGAGAAAUUAAAAAUCUACCAGAUAGAAUACACUAA